AUGCUGCAGUCGACUAGAGCCUCUGAGAAGAGCCUCGCUUUGGCCCAAUGGGCUGCCACCAAAGACUUUUGGGAGCACUGCUCAUCCCAGAAUGAGACCUCUGCCAGGCUAUUGACCUCAGACUGUACCAAAGCGUUAGCAACGCCACUUCCUCCGCCACCUCUGCAAAAACGAGGCUUUGAGUUCCUGAAAUAUUCCUCCCUCGAUGGAGGUAUUUCACCUGGUGCUCUUCGUGGGGUUUCCACUGCCACGGCGGUCUUUGGCCUGUUGAUCGUGUGCGCAGGCCUUGCUGCACGAUCAGGGUUCCACAUGUCCAGAGAGCGGUCCUGGCAAUGGCUCUGGACCAGCCGAACUCAGCACCACUUAUCAACGUCGUCUUCCUCGGCCUUUAACGAGACCAUUACGCACGUUCCGAUCACGAUCCCACGGCGCGGUAUUUAUUCUUCAGCUGUAACUCUACGCCAUCUGGUGACGACGCAGCUGAGAAAUCGUGUCAAAUUUCAUCACGUUCUCUGGAAGACGCCUCAAGAAGAAGAUGCAUGGGAAACCACUGGGCAUUCCAUGGGCGACGGCGACGGCCAUGGCCCUCAUGGAAGUGAUCUCGACAAUCAAAGUAUCAUUCCUGACCCAGACUCAGAUGAGAGUGAUGCCGAGACCGCAAAUCUGCCUGUUUCGCCUGUCACCUCGGUCAAUCUAGGUAUACAUGGCUCUAAACAGUCCCAAGACGAUAGUUCCAUAAGGCAGCAGGAUGAAGAUCUAGCUAGCCUCGGUUCCCAAUGGUCCGAUUAG